AUGGCUCAGGAGAGAGCAGCAGUGAUAGCCAGCUCCACAGGUGAUCCAGAGACAGGAAAAGACAUAGAAGAUGUGACAAGAGGACUGGAGGAACUCUGUGAAAGCCCUAAGCAGAGCAGUGAGGAGGCACUGCUGCUUUCACACCUUGAACAGCAGCAUCAAUUUACCUCUAUGCUCAAGAAGAGAGUGGACAAUGCACACAAACACUGGAGGGGCCUGGAGCAGCUCAACAUGGAGCUGGAGAAACUGAGAGUAGAGGAUGCUGUGCAAAUUAAAACCCAAAGCCUGCAGAUUCAGUAUUUGUAAGGGCGCUUCAUAGAUCUGGCCAAUAAUCAUGAAAAAAUGAUCCAGUUCAAAAAUGAACACAGGAAACAGCCCAUACUGCUGUGGGAGGAGAACAAGCGCCUGUGGCAGGAGGAAGCACUCUUCAGCCAAGCUGUGAGGGAGAAGGAAGCUGAAAUGCUCCAGCUGACUGCCCAGGCCAGGAAGCUCUCGCAGCAGUUACACCCCUUGCAUAAGAAAUAUGCUUAUGAGAGACAACGAUCCCAGGAGCAAGAGAAGCUGCUGGAGGCUCAGAGACAGCAAACUAUGGAUUCACUGAAGAAGCAGCUGCAAUUCCUGCAGAAGAACCACCAACAAACUGCUGCAAGGGCAGAGCAGGCAGAAAGUCAGCAGAGGGCUCAGGGCAGUGAGCUGCAGGCCAAGCUGGAGAGGGCACAUGAAGAGAAAGAGUAACUACUGAACCCGGUCAUGGAGGGCAAGGCUCUGCAAGAUAAGGAACAGGAGAUUCAGCAGCUGGAGGAGAAGCUGGAGACUCUGGAAGAAGCCAUGCAGAGAGCAGGAAGGUGCCUCAAGAAAGAGGCAGCACCAGUAGACAAAGAUCUGAAGGUUCAAGAGCUCCAAGGACAGCUAGAGCAYAGCAAGCUGGCAUGCAAUGAGCUUUUGCUCCGGUUCAAUGCUUACAGGAAGCACAGUAUGGAUUUGCUGACUGAAGAGAGAGCUCUGAAUUUCAGACUCUGUUGCCUAACUGCAGUUUCUUCUCUGUUCUCCUCUCAAAAGGUGCCUCUAUGGUAA